UUACAGCGCUCAGUCGGCACAGUGCUGCGAUGAGACAGUAUUGCCAUAACGCGGAGCUGUUUUAAACCGGUGCGCUGCAAAUGUUUCCGUUGUCUGGAGUUAAUUCUAACGUCAUUAUCUGAAGGAUUAUUGCUUUAUAUCAAUGAAGGACAGUAUUUCCAAUCAAAAGCUCUCUGCGAUGUCUGGAAUGGAUGCCAAUCAGAGUGUAAAGUGUAAGAUUGUAGUGAUUGGGGAUAGUCAGUGUGGGAAAACGGCUCUGCUUCACGUCUUUGCAAAAGACUGCUUCCCGGAGAACUACGUCCCGACAGUGUUUGAGAACUACACAGCCAGUUUUGAGAUCGACUCACAAAGAAUUGAGCUUAGUCUAUGGGAUACCUCGGGGUCCCCGUAUUAUGACAAUGUGCGUCCCCUCUCCUAUCCUGAUUCAGAUGCUGUCCUCAUCUGUUUUGACAUCAGCCGACCAGAGACCCUUGACAGUGUGAUAAAGAAGUGGAAAGGAGAGAUCCAAGAAUUUUGCCCCAAUACCAAGAUGUUGUUAGUCGGAUGUAAAUCAGAUUUGCGCACAGACCUCACUACACUGGUCGAACUCUCAAAUCACAGGCAGACUCCGGUAUCAUAUGAUCAGGGAUCAAACAUGGCCAAGCAGAUCUCUGCGCCCUACAUCGAGUGCUCUGCCCUGCAGUCAGAGAACAGCGUGAGGGACAUUUUCCACGUGGCCACGCUGGCCUGCGUCAGCAAGAACAACAAGAACAUAAAACACCACAAGUCAUCUAGAGCCACCAAGAGGACGUCCCACAUGGCCAGCAAACCCUACCUGGAAUCUGUAGCAUCGGACAUGCGUAAAGACAAGGCCAAGAGCUGCACUGUCAUGUAAGGAGCCCGGAAAGUGCAUUGUUUGCGUUAGCUCUGGAGGUGAGGAACCCUUCAGAUAAAGCAGUGAGGAAUACAGGAAUACUUAAUUAAGCUACCUAAGACCACGCCCACAAAAGAGAAGCAUGAGCUGCUGGAGAGACAGAGGUGCUCUCGCUAACUCAGCAGAACUCCAGUGCUUGGAAUCCCAAAUUUCUGAUUUAAAAAAACCUACCUGAAGUCUGUAUUGCUAAAUGGAGAGAAUAGCAUGCUGACUCUGGCCAGUCUUCUUAGCCCAUGGAAAUACGUUAUUUGAAUUACAGGUCACAGACCUUCCAAGGAAAAGAAUAUAUUCUUUUUUCGUACUCAGAAAUGUGAAAAUGUGGGAGGAAAGGCUACUGAGGAAUUCUCUCACAGAAGGCAACACACUGAAGGCACUUAAUAGAGAAAUGAUGUAACAAACACUGUGGCUCAGCCUGCCUUUUUUGUUUUGUUUUGUUUUUGGGGGGGGGGUGCUUUUUGUUUUUAUUUUGAUUGUUUUGGGUUUUUGUGGGUUUUUUUGCACUUCAUAUUGUUAUUGCCUUGAUAAAUUGUAAAAAUGGGAAUAGUGUGUGUGUGUGCAUAGGGUUGGAAAUAUCUGUGAACCUCAAAACAUGAGUGCUUCUUAUGUUUCUCCUCUUUCACAAAGCCAAAGAAAAGUCAAGGUCAACCUUUGGUGUUCUAGUCCCAGGGGCUUCAUAUCUGAACUGUUACAUCUAUGUGCAGUGCGAAGUGUUUGAUAUAUUGUUGGUAGUAGGUCUGGCUUGGCUUGAGGACAUAUCUAAGGAUGUGGGCUCGUGGAUCCAGAUAUUAGUACUUUUUCAAAGCCUCAACUCCAGUGCCUCUGUGUUGGUGUGCCCAAGCUAAUCAUUGCCUGGGGGUUUACUAUUGCUGGACGCUCUACAGGCAGAGUUCUUAAUACCUCUUCGUAAUUCAUUAGCAUUUGGAACGGCAAGAGAAUCAGCUCAGCUAUGCAAUAUGCUGACUCUAACCUAUAAAGCAAUUGGAAAAUGGUUAGCUUGGAGUAAUUUAUAUUUUCUGUGGCAUGAUGGCUCAGAGGACCUCCCAUACCACUCUACUUUAUUGUGUCAAGGGGAUAUUCAAAUGCAUCCUUACUCUGUGGAUCUUAAAGGAGGAAGGAAAAUUCAUGCAUAUUCAAACAUUAGUCACUACCAGAUCAAGCAGUAAUGUAAAUCAAAAAUGCUUGUGGAUUUGUUUGCAUCAGUCACUAGUUCAGCUAGUACGUAGUAUGACCUAACCUUCAUAAUUUCCUUUUUUAGAAUUUUUAUUUAUGAGGUGACAUUUCUAAUGAAACCGGGUUUCUCUGUUAAACAGUUGUCAGAUUUGUGCCUCUGAAUUAUUAUUAUUUUUAAACCAGUUUGCCAGUGUGCACCUGAUUUAAAAUGUCAAGUGUUAGGUGUAGAGCGUCACCCUGUUUUGAAUGUUGGAAUUCAUUUUUAUGUCUGUAUUAUGGAUGUUUCUGCAAUAUUUAUUGGAGUUACAUAUAUAUUUUCUUUCUUUGAAAAUAAAAUGCAGUAUACCGUA